AUGGCGAAGGCGGAAGCGGCGGCGGCGCACGUGCUGGUGUUCCCGGCCCCGGCACAGGGCCACCUCAACAGCUUCCUCCACUUCUCCACGGGGCUCCUCCGCGCGGGCCUCCACGUCACCUUCCUCCACACCGACCACAACCUCCGCCGCCUCGGCGCCGCGGUCGCCGAGGCCACGGCCGCCUCGCCGCGCCUCCGCUUCCUGUCCGUGCCCGACGGCCUCCCCGACGACGACCCGCGCGCCGUCGACGGCCUCCCGGCACUCUUGGAGGCCCUGCGCACCAAGGCCAGCGCCGCGUACCACACCCUGCUCGCCUCGCUGCGCGCGGGAGGCGGAGGCGCAGCCGCCGACGGCUUCCCGGCCGUGACGUGCGUCGUCGGCGACGGUAUAAUGCCGUUCGUGGUCGACGUCGCGGAGGAGCUCGGCGUCCCGGCGAUCUCCUACCGCACGGUGAGCGCGUGCGCCGUGCUGGCGUACCUGUCCGUGCCCAGGCUUCUCGACCUCGGUGAGCUCCCCUUCCCCGAAGGUGGCGACCUCGACGCGCCCAUCCGCGGCGUCCCGGGGAUGGAGAACUUCCUGCGACGGCGAGACCUCCCGAUCCAGUUCCGCCAACUCACCAGCACGCACGAGGAGCCCUUGAUCAAGGGGGUGGUCGCAGCCACCCUGCACAGCCGCAAGGCCAGAGCUCUCAUGGUCAACACGACCACGUCCCUGGAGCGGUCGUCCCUCGCGCACCUCGCAAAGGAGAUGCGCGGCGUGUUCGCAGUGGGGCCUCUGCACGCCAUGUCCCCCGCGCCGGCGGUGGCCACGAGCCUGUGGCGCCCCGACGACGGGUGCAUGGCGUGGCUCGACAGCCAGGCGGAGGCGGCGCGGUCCGUGGUGUACAUCAGCCUGGGCAGCCUCACCAUCAUCUCCCACGAGCAGUUCACCGAGUUCCUGCACGGGCUCGUCGCCACCGGCUACCCGUUCCUGUGGGUGCUCCGGCCGGACAUGCUCGGGGCCAGCCAGGACGCCGCGCUCCAGGAAGCCAUCGGCUCGGUCGGGAGAGACAGGGCGUGCGUCGUGCCAUGGGUGCCGCAGCGAGACGUGCUGCAGCACCGCGCCGUGGGGUGCUUCCUGACGCACAGCGGGUGGAACUCGACGCUGGAGGGCAUCGUCGAGGGCGUGCCCAUGGUGUGCUGGCCCUUCUUCGCCGACCAGCAGAUCAACAGCCGCUUCGUGGCCGCCGUGUGGAGGAACGGGCUGGACAUGAAGGACGUGUGCGACAGAGGCGUGGUGGAGAGGACGGUGAGGGAAGCCAUGGAGUCCGCCAAGAUCAGGAGCUCGGCUCGUGCUCUGGCGGAGCAGGUGAAGCGUGACGUUGCCGACGGCGGGGCAUCGGCGUUGGAGUUCAAGCGCCUCGUCAGCUUCAUCAGGGAGCUCAGCACGUCAGCAGCACACACACACCAUCUCCAAAAUCUUGAAAUGAAUGGAUCGAAAUUAAUCUAG